AUGCUGCUUUUGGGACCCAAAGUGCUGCUGUUUCUCACUGUACUCAUCAUUCCCUCUGACUGGACACCCCUAGGGGUCAACAGCCAAAGAGGAGAUGAUGUGACUCCAGUGACUCCAGAGACAUUCACAGAAGAUCCUAAUCUGGUGAAUGAUCCUGCUACAGAUGAAACAGUUCUGGCCGAUAUCAAGCCUCCCACAGAUGACCUGGCCUCGUCCGAUAAAAAUACCACCACAGAGUGCCGGGAUGAGAAAUUUGCCUGCACAAGACUCUACUCUGUGCAUCGGCCAGUGAAGCAAUGCAUCCAUCAAUUAUGCUUUACCAGUUUACGGCGUAUGUACAUCAUCAACAAUGAGGUCUGCUCCCGUCUUGUCUGUAAAGAGCAUGAAGUUAUGAAAGAUGAACUCUGCCGUCAGAUGGCUGGUCUACCCCCAAGGCGACUCCGUCGCUCCAGCUAUUUCCGCCUUCCCCCCUGUGAUGAUGUGAACUUGCAGAGACCCAGUGGUCUGUGA